GGGAGCGCGCACCUGCUUUCUUCCUCUGCUCAAGCUUCGUCACCGUCACGAAAGCGCGAACUGCACGCUAGCUGCAAAACGCCGAGGUCUAGAAUAGAAAGAUGCUCUAGGCUCUAGCUAGCUGCUGGCGAGGCAUCAUCAUGCUCAGGGCCGUUUCUUUACCUAGUGAUGUCAGUCUGGGAGCUGGUUUGAAUUCGGGCGAGCUUGGAGUGGAAGUACCUACUGCCAACCCUGCCACCGUGGCCAAAUGGGGCAUACCAAGAAGCGUGCUCAUUCUUAUGGCGGAUUGGCUUAGGGAGAGUGUGUGCAGGUUUCUGCUUGUGCUUUCAGUAGCUCGAGGGAUGCCGCCGUAUCCGUGAGGUUAGGAUGGAGAAGGAGACUGAGCUCAGGAAGGUUGGCAGUUCUGAGUCUCUGCUGAGAAUCCACGAGCAAGCGACGGGACUGGAGAGCAGCGGUGCAUUCAAGCACCAUUUCCAGCAAGGGGGCUUCUUCUCGGACCAUUCUCAGCAGCGGAUGCUUGAUCCUGUCUUGGGAACGUCACAUUCAAUGCCCGUGGACAUGAGCCGUCUGCAGGGAUUCCAGCAGGGGCGGUUGCAGUAUGAGGGGGGGUAUGCAGAGAGUCUCGGUGGCUCUGAGAGUGCCAGCGUGCAAGGGACAGAGUUGCUGCGAGGGGGCGAUCAAGGGCCGCUUCUCUCUCAGCACAAUCUGCAGCAUCAGAUUCAGCAGAGGCUGGAGCAGGAGCAUUUGGACAGGACGGCGAUACAACUAGAGGCGCAGCAGCGGUUGCUGGAUCAGCAGCAGGACUUCCUCGACCAGCAGCAGCGGCUCCUCGUAGCUGUUCAGCAGCAGCAGCAGCAGCAGCCGAGUGUGCCAAUGCAAACAGCUUUGCAGAUGCAACAGCAGGCUCAGCAGAACAUUCAGCAGUUGCAACAGAGCCAGGCUCAGCAGAGCCAGGAGCAGGGCCAGGCUCUAAUGCAUCAGUUGCAUCAGCAGCAAGUGCUCAGUCAGCAGCAGCCAAUGGCCAUUCCAGCGCCGCUGAGUCAGCUGCCUCUGCAGAGCUCUGUCUUACAGGGGCAAAGUGCACUGCAGGACGCAAGUAGGCUGAGGUCAUAUGAGAGCACUUCGGAACAGGUCGCUACGAGCGAGGAGGCGGCGCCCUCUCUUGUGACGCAGCCUGGUCAAGUCUUUGGCAGUGGGACCAUCAAGCAGAUUGUGUAUGAUAGCUUAUGUGCUGGGAACAAAAACGAGAGCCCCGUAACGUUUGUCAACAGUCAGGGGGGGCAGAUUACCAUCCUGAACAAUGCAACCAAGGGAUCAUCUACUGGCGUCCCUGGUACGGUCGUUACAAUCGAUGGGAAGCGCCACUUCUUUCCCAGCGACCCCGUACCUUCUGCAACCGCUGACCUCGGCGACACCUCAGCACUCAGCAGGUUAAACCGAUCUCCCGAAGUGGCAAGGGCUCAGAACACAAGGGAAGAGGAAGAGGGGCAGAGCCACCACAGCAGGGACGGGUCUCAGGGCGGCGCGGCGCCCCCCCCUGACGGGGACGCUUUACCUGCCCUGAGCUGCAGCUUGAGCGAAGUGCAAGGGAGUCAGGGCUCGCACUUGAGGAACCGGCCGGACACAAGUCAAAGCCAACAUCAGGGGGACCACGAUGCGGGAAACAGUUUGGCGGAGGCGACAUCGAGGGCGAAUGUGGCUCUAAAUGCAGCGCAGCUGGAGGGGGUUCUGUCGCAGCAGGGGGAAGCAGCCAGAGGAAGAAUGUAUGCAACACCGGUGUCCCAGCAACGGCACCGCUCGCCCAGCCCAGUCCCAAGCGGCCAGUUGAUGCCUGCGUCCGCCCUCCUAGCAGCAAACCAGAUGCAAUAUGGGGCUUCCUUGGGGGAGGCACUGGCCCAAGGAGGUCACGCUCCUACCUUUUCAGAUCCAAACAGCGAAGGGACGAAUUCGUGGCAAGGGUACACAGCUGACGGCAAACUUUUCCAAGCUCCCCAGGUGGCGCCUCUCGUUGCCCCCUCCCACUUUCAGGGGGGCUUCUCAGACCCAGGCUCCAUUCCAAGUGGUCCCCCCCUCAUCCGGCACCCCUCUCAGCAGAACCUCCCCUCGCGGCCCAGCACGCCAGUCGCAAUCCUUUCGUCUGAUGGGACGGUUACGGUGACCCUCAACGGGUAUACCAGCCAGGCGAUCCCGGUGAUCACCCCCGAUGGCCAGUCUGCGCAGUUACUGUCCCAGGGGCAAGCUCCGCAACCCACUGCUCUUGCUCAGAUGCUCCAGUACCAGUCGCAGCCCCCUGUGAAUCAGCACUUUCAACCGCAGCAGCAGGCCCAAGUCAGCCAGCAAUACACCCAGCAACAGCCCCCCAACAGUCAGCAGUCUGCUCAGCCCCAGGUCAACCCACAAUUUGCGCAACAGCAGCAGAGCGGGCAAAGUGUCCAAUACACUCAGGUGGGGGGGCAGAGCGUUCAAAUGAGCCAGAAUGUACAGAUCCUCCAGGUGUCCAACCCCCAGGAGGGGGUGCAACUUCUGGGGGGGGGGCCUCAGUACGUGCAGCUGCCUCAAGGAGGGGGGUAUCAGGUGGCGAACGUGCAGCAGGGGUACGCACUUGUCGGGCAGGGCCUGACAGCUGUCACUUCGGGGCAGCAAGCAGGUCUUGGGGGUCAGAUGGGUCCUGGAGCUCAGAUGGGCCAGCCUGGCGGGGCUCAGGAGGUGCUGUAUGUCCAGGCUCAGCCAGGACAGCUGUCUCCUCGGCGGACGCUUCCCCAGCAAGUCGAGCAGCUGCAUUCCUCAGACAGCCUCACUUUCACUAACCAGCGAGGCUCUCCUUUCCAACCGCAGCAGGCCACCAUGCUACAGCCCGCUCAAUUAGCGCCUGCUGCGACCAAUACCCCUCCCGUAUACCAGCAGCUUAGCGCAGCCCCGCAGUUGCUGCACCGGUCUCUUUCGGCGGGCGGCCAGCUAUACACCCAAUCGCAGCUCUCAGGGGGAGCGCAGCUGCUUCAAACCCCCCCCCCCCAGUAUCAGUACCAGUACGAUCAAGAGGCGCAGCAGUUCGUAAUAGAUCAGCACCAGCUUGCCGGCAUGCGGCCGCAGGCGGUGCACCAGCAGGGGCCGGGCAAUGGCAUGCUGCCACCUGGCGGGAGCGGUCACCAGCUGUUGCAGAGCGGGGGCCACCAGCUCGUCCAGGGUUCGUUUUACCAGGACCCCGCAGCAGGGCCGGCAGGCCAGCAGACGGUGCACUACGCAGAGUCGAACGCCCAGCAACCGGCGUUCCUCCCACGGCCUGCCUCGACCCCCGCUCUCCAGCACACUAUGUCGCUGCAAGCGCCCCCCAGGCAGAGCCAGGCCCAAGACUCUUUCACUGGCGGAGGCGCCCAAUCAGCCCCCGUGCCCGGUUACAUCCAACCAGAGCCCACGUACCAACUCCUACAGACCGUCCCCAAACACCAAGAAGCCUCGCAGGCCCCUCGACCGCUUCACCACUCCCACUCCUUCGGGGGGCAGCAUCAGCUGCACUCGGCACCCCCUCCAGUCACUCAGCACAGGCAGGAGCAGUUCAACCUGGGGCCAGUGAGCAAGGGCUGGCAAGAGGGGACAGCCCAUCAGGGCGGGAAGGACGACAAGGCGACGGGACCCCAGACGAUCAUUACCACUGCAUACAGCCAGUCGGAGUCCGAGGAGGUGCAGAGUCGGAGUGGGUCUUCGACGCAGAUGCUGCCGCAGGGGUCGCAGGAGACGAGGCAGAUGUCGCAGGGGGCGGCUGGGAUGGGCCAGACGCAACAUCUCCAGACCCCGGGGAGGAGCGGCUCGCCAGCUGUGCCUCCGCCGAUGAUGCCUCAUCCUGAGGACCCCACUCGCACUCAGGGGCUUCCGGGUGCCCCUCAGCCGCCACGGCCACCACUCGCUCCCACACCGCCAGGUGUCUUUGCGUUUGUACCCCCCACACCGCCUUUCCACGGAACGCCCACCACGGUCCUUCCCGCUCUGCCGCGGAGCCUCCAGCAACAAGGUACCCCUUCCAUGCUCAGAACGGUGUCUUCCGGGGUUAGCGCCGCGGGCAGCCUUACCGAGGGCGGGUUGAGUCGGGUUAGCAGCGGACAUGCUUCGUCUGGGGCUCCGCAGAACCCUGCUGCGGGUCAGAGAACGGGGGGGGUUGCGCGGACCGGGUCCGGGUUGAGGAUUAACUACGUGCACGACGAGGCGGACGCUUUGGCGGCUGCUGCCGCUGUGGCGAUCAACAACGGGUUAGAGCUUCCCGACUUUGGGUUACGCCAGUUCCAGACGAAUGAUUUGGAAAGUGGGGAGGGCCUGGCUGAGAGGGGCGGCGCAGAUUGGCAGGGGGCUGGGACAGAGCUGGAGAAAGUAGAGGGGGAUUCUGAGGCGAGGCGAGCGAACCUGCCGGAGGUUAGGCUGGGGCGCACACGCAGCGGGGGAGCGCAGGACGAAGGAGCGUCAGGCGAGGCUGCCGGGAUCUUUUCCCCGCACACGGCGUCGAAGAACGCGGCGAAGCUAGUGGAGACAGGGCACGUGACCAGCACGGCGGCUGGAGACCUAGGGCGGACAACUGUGGUUUUGGACACGGGGGCCUCGUCAAAGGGUGGGGCGCCGAAGUUACCCAGGUUGAAGUCGCUGCCCAAGUCGGAAACAGGGCCCGCGCAGCACCAGGGGAACACGGACGCCGUUUCUGCCUUUUUGGGGGCGUUCUCCAAGUCUCACGUCACUGUGGCACCCCCCCUCGCUGGCUCUUCGCAAGUGCCCCCCCACGCCGAAGCCGACUCUCUUCCCCCCCUGGAACCGCACUUGAGCGGGUACCCCCCAUUGCAAGACGCACACACCCAACUGCAACCCCACUCGUCUCACACUGCAAACCCCUUCUCGAAGGGCGGCCCUGUUCAAGGCAAAAGCAAUUUGGGGCCCAGGGCCGUCUCUGUGCAGGCCCCCACAGGGCCUCUUGCUGACGAAGUGCUCUCAUCGCCUUCGGUUGCUGCCGCCCAGGCACUCAGUUUCCUCAAUGACGAGCCCGACCCCGAUUUCCAGCCCCAGGCGGUCCUGCCCGAUCGGGAGGCUUCACCGGUCGCCGGCGAGCGGGAGCAGACGGAGGAAACGGCGCCCGUGCGAGAACCGAGUCUGCCAACCGGGUCCGAGGUGUCGGGCUCCGUGCACCCGUCCCCCAACACGCCCCUGACUCCCUGGGAGGGCGCCUCGACGCCCGAAACGGGCGCGCCGGCGGGGGGUGACGUAAGCAUGAGCGGGGAACGGAAGCGAAAGUGGGAGGGGGAGCAACAGGCGGGUCAGGGAGGGGCUCGGGCACCUGGAGACGGGGGUGACGUCAGCGGGCGUCUGGCAGAAGGGGGUGCCGACGCGGCGCCGGCAACUGCGACAGGCACUGGAGGCAGCGAAGCGCGGCCAGUGGUGCAUCAUUCGAGGGAGAUCAGUCUAGUAGACGGUUUGUUUCUAGAAGGUGUGGCGGAAGAGUUGAGCGGGCAAAAGGUUAGGAAGGUAGCUUCGGGCCGGGAAGAGAGUGCGGAGGCGAGGCCCGUGUGUUAG